AUGGGGUUCGGCAACUUUACCUCCAUCUGUGAAAAGAGCAGUAUACCCCUCUGUACGGUGAUCGGGUCCGUCCCCGGCGCCACCGUGUUCGACACCGGGGUGAUCGCCCACUGCUAUGCUCGACCGGUCGAGCUAGCCAACACGAUGAUCUUUCAAGUCGGCAACGCCUUUGUCCACUUUGGCGGGUUGCUCAUUCUCAUCAUCAUCUUAUGGAAUGUCAAUAAGAAGUACACCGCCAUCGGGCGGAAAGAAAUGCUCUAUUUCUUCUACUUGGCGUUUGCGUUGACAGUAGCCCUGCUUGUCGUUGAUUGCGGGGUGCUGCCGCCAAGUCUGGGGCUGUACCCAUAUUUCGUCGCUCUCCAGCUAGGCAUCGCCCUGGCAACCUGCGUGCUGCUUUUAUAUAACGGGAUCAUCUGUUUCCAGUUCUGGGAAGACGGAACCCGCAAGUCGAUGAUGUCGUUGUACAUCAUCCUGUUUUUGUGGUUCGCCCUCAAUUUCAUCAUCGCCAUCAUCACGUUUAAGCUGUGGGGCACCUCGUUAAAUUACGACAACACCACCGGACUUAUGGUGGUGUCGUUCGUGCUCAACGCCAUCAUCAUCGCCGCCUACCUUGUCUCACAAGUGAUCCUUGUGUUCUUCGCCCUUCGCAAUUACUGGUUGCUUGGGGCGAUUCUGUUAGGGGUGUUCUUCUUUGUUGCCGGCCAGGUGAUGGUGUACGGGGUCUCCCAACAGAUCUGCAACGGGGCCAAGCAUUAUAUUGAUGGUUUAUUCUUCGGCACCUUGUGUAACGUGUUCACGAUCAUGAUGAUCUACAAGUACUGGGACAUGAUCACGCUGGACGACCUCGAGUUCUCGGUGGCCAACGUCGAACAGGGCAUCAAUGCGUUUGGGAUGGACGACGAAAAGCGGGCCUCUCUGAUCUUUCUCACCCACUAA